UGCUUGUCCACCUUCCAACCCGCCCGCCUAAGCCCCGGCCCGGGACCACGGGAGACCUUGGGUCUCUGCGUAUAAAACCCAGGCUCUAGCCACGCCGGCCGGGGUCAGGAGCCCCUUGUAAAGAGGCCGCUUGGGCAGAGUGAUUGACAGGUUACCAACGUGAGGGACGGCGGUUCCACUCCACGUCUCAGGAGGCUCUGAAUGCCCGGGGUUGGGACGUUUUGUCAGGGCCGGAGCCUGCAGAGCCCACGUCCCAGCCUCUUUCAGACGUUUGUCGAACUGGGCGGACGGCUGCCCCCUUGUGCAUUCCUAGAAAACAGGAAGGACAUCACUGUAGCAUCACACAGGGAUUGGCACUUUAGCACGCCUGCCCAGACACCUGUUUCCGAGGCAUCCUUGUGAGGAAGGAAGUGCUGCAUACUUUGAGCGAGGGCAGUAACUGGAACAUCUGUGUCCUCUCCACAGAUCAACAGUGGGCGCCCUGCUGGCAUCCGAGCUGGGAUGGAAAUUCUAUGAUGCAGAUGACUAUCAUCCAAAGGAAAAUCGAAUGAAGAUGGAGAAAGGGAUACCAUUGAAUGACCAGGACAGGAUUCCAUGGCUUUGCAAUUUGCAUGACAUUUUACUAAGAGAUGUAACCUCAGGACAGCAUGUGGUUCUAGCCUGUUCAGCCUUAAAGAAAACAUACAGAGACAUCUUAAUUCGAGGAAAAAAUGGUGCACCUCUGAAGUCUGGGAAGUCGAGAGAGGAAGAAAAGCCAGCUGAGGUGCAGCUCUUGGUGGUCCAUCUGAGCGGGUCAUUUGAGGUCAUCUCUGGACGCUUACACCAAAGAAAAGAACAUUUUAUGCCGCCUGCAUUAUUACAGUCCCAGUUUGAUACUCUGGAGCCCCCAUCACCUCCAGAAAACUUCAUCCAAAUCAGUGUAGACAAAAGUCUUUCAGAGAUCGUUGCUGUAAUUAUGGAAACUCUGAAAAUGAAAUGACACACAUCAGUGGUCCAGAACAGAAUCAGUCAUAGAUGUGUCCUAUUCCAGACCUUGUUCCAGUCUCCUCAUCCAUGCUGUAUUCUAAAUGCUUCUUAAGGUUGAACCAACCUUGGUGUGUCAAGAUGUACGUGUUUGUAGGAAUUUGUGAUGUGCUUGGCGUCAUGGGCUGUCACGUAGGGAGAAAAGGAAGGGAACUUUAAAAAUCAAGCUUAAAUUGAAGUUUAAAUUCAUCAGUGAUGCCAUCAAAUGACCAGAGGAAAUUCUGUAAUUGAUGAUAGAAAUCAUUACUUUGCUUAGAACAUUUUCCACUAAUGCCUAUAUUUUAUAAUAAAUGAAACUUGAUUCUAUCCUUGAAA